UCUCCUUGUUCCCGGAUCCCACCCCUCCCUGUCUGACGAAAUUUAGGGGAAAGGGGGAAAGGGUUGUAGAAUUGCUGCCUCUGUCGACAAGUUGGUGGAGGUUUCUACGAGAAGAAUGAAGAUAUUUAUAGUUAUUCCCAACCUCUUCUUGAUUUUGGGAGUGUUAUUUAUAUCUCAGAUAGGUAGAUCAGCAUCAAAAUCUCUGCUUUCCACAAACCCAUUUCUGGGAAUUGCUCCUCAAGAUGAGAACUACUACAAGACUUCAUCAGAGAUAUUCAAAUGCAAAGAUGGAUCAAAGAAAUUGAACAGAGCACAGGUCAAUGACGACUUCUGCGAUUGCCCUGAUGCCUCCGAUGAGCCUGGAACUUCGGCAUGCCCGGGUGGAAAAUUCUAUUGUCGGAAUGCAGGACAUGUUCCUCUGUUGUUAUUUUCCUCUAGAGUGAACGAUGGUAUCUGCGAUUGCUGCGAUGGGAGUGAUGAGUAUGAUGAUAAAGUAAAAUGUCCAAACACAUGUUGGGAGGCUGGAAAAGUGGCCAGAGAUAAGUUAAAGAAAAAGAUUGUAACAUAUAAAGAAGGAGUCACUCUACGGAAGCAACAGAUUGAGCAAGCAAAACUGGCAAUAGCUAAAGAGGAGGAAGAAUUAUCAAAGCUAAAAAGUGAAGAGAAAAUAUUGAAAGGGCUUGUUCAGCAGCUCAAGGACCGUAAAGAACAGAUAGAGAAGGCAGAGGAGAAAGAGCGCCUACAGAAAGAAGAAGAAGAGAAGAAGCGGAGAGAAGCUGAGGAGGAAGCUAAUAAAGAGAAAAGCAAAGCUGAGAAGGAAGCUAAUCAGGAGAAAAAUGAAGUUAAGGAGCAAGUUGGCAGUGAAGAAGAACCUAUGGAAAGUACCCAUGAUAAAAUUGGAGUUUUGGAUCAGGAUGUAGAAGAGGACAAAAGCAACUCAGUAGCUGAAGUUGAGCAUACUGAUAAAUCUGAAAAUGUAUCUCCAACUGAUGGAAUUGAGCAGCAUGCAGCAGAAGGCAAGGAAGAGUCCCCAGUCGUACAUGAAACUGAACUUCAUGCUGGAAAUGAGGUGUCUCCAACUUCCGAUCAAGCUACAAAACCGGAGAAUGAUGUAGCUGAAAAUACUGAGGGAUUGUCAAGGGAAGAGUUGGGCCGCCUUGUUGCUUCUCGUUGGACAGGGGAAAAUACUGGGCAGCACACUGAGGAAGUUGAUGCUGUGAAACAUGAUCAUCAUGAAAGCCACGAAGAGACACCAGAGGACACACAUGCUGAGGAAUAUGAUGGCUAUGCAUCAGAAACCGAUGAUGACAGCCAAAAAUAUGACAAUGAUGAUAUGGAAGAUCCGGUUGAUGAAGAUUUUGGAGAGGACGAUCACUAUGAUUCGAGCCCUCCAUACAAAUCUGACACAGAAGAUGAAUCAGAUUUUUCAGAUAUAACAAGCACAAGUAACCCAUCGUGGUUGGAGAAGAUACAACAAACAGUGCGGAACAUUCUAAAUGCUGUUAACUUGUUCCAGACCCCAGUAGAUAAAUCAGAGGCUGCUCACAUACGCAAGGAAUAUGACGAGUCCAGUGCCAAGUUGUCUAAGAUGCAGUCUAGAAUAUCGAGUUUGACACAAAAGCUAAAGCAUGAUUUUGGGCCUGAGAAGGAAUUCUAUUCAUUCUAUGAUCAAUGUUUUGAGAGCAAGGAGAACAAGUAUGUAUACAAAUUAUGCCCAUUUAAACAAGCUUCCCAGGAGGAGGGCCAUAGUACUACUCGUUUGGGGCGCUGGGAUAAAUUUGAAGAUUCAUACAGAACUAUGCUGUUUUCAAAUGGCGAAAAAUGCUGGAAUGGACCUGAUAGGAGUUUGAAGGUCAAGCUAAGAUGUGGGCUGAAAAAUGAGGUUACUGAUGUUGAUGAACCAAGCAGAUGCGAAUAUGUGGCAUUGUUAUCCACCCCAGCUCUUUGCCUAGAAGAAAAGCUGAAGGAACUACAACAGAAACUAGAGUUGAUGAACCAGGAACAACCUCAGGGCCGUGAUGAACUCUAAUCUGUCUGGGAUGGAAUGGAUUUACCCCAUACUUUUGCUGACUGCUUAAAUUGAUUCAUCAUUGCCCAUCUUGAAAGAUGAAAGAGACACAUAUUGGCAGCCCUUCUGAGCAAGGUUGGCUGAAGAAAUUUGAAGCAAAAGAUUUGAAGUGGAUCCUGGAAUUUUAAUGUUACUGGAGCUCGCUUGAUAUUGAGGCUUUGGAGUAGUGGUGAGAGUCAAGCUCAGCUAACCUGAUCUUGAUGUUCUUCACACUGUUCUAAUCUUUUUGAAUUGAGCUUAGAAUAAUAACAUAGUAAUCAAACAAUUAAAGGGCAGAAAUGUUCAAUAUCAUGAUGAAUUUUUCACUUCAUCCUAGGUACUUAACCAAGGGUCUAUUUGGAUUUGGAUAGACAAUUGUGAACCCAAGGUUCUUUUAAUGAAAACUGCGAUAAUGGUUUGUUUGGUAA